GUAUAGAGUGACAUUUACGAAUUGUUAAUUGUGUUGAUGUUUAUUGACAUUUGUUGCUUUUACGAACUUUUUUUGCAUAUUCGUGUAUCCUCAGUGCUUGAUUAUGGCUGCUAGGAGUGAUAAGGAAUUACAACGAAAGGGACAUGAGCAUGAGUGUUUUGUUUGCAAGAAAGAGUGUUACAACACAUGUAGCCGAUGCGGUGAAUUUUAUUGCUCCAAAGCGUGUCAAACUGUUGAUUGGCGUGAGCACAAAUACUAUUGCUUUGAGAUGCCUGAACUGAUUAUGAAAUCAACACCAUUCAAUGGUCAACAAUCCAACAACAGUCCAAAAUUUCAAAGUGAUAACUGGAGAGUGGUGCAAAAUCUACGAAGUGGUGAAUAUCGUUCUGAGCUGGUGCAAUCGAGCUCAUCAGAAAAUAGUCUUCAAGUAGCUGAAUCUCGACAUUCCGAACGUACUGAAAACGUUCGCAAUCAAGAUGAAGAAAGUAUCCGGUCUUCACAGCCUGCAGUUUUCAAUUUUGGUGGUUAUCCAAAAAACAACGAUGACGUCGUAAUAACUCACGUACGACAUGCGAAUGUUUUUUACAUACGCACCUGUAGCAGUGGCAAUGAAUAUAAAAAGAAUGCAAAAGCCUUUGAUGAUUACGGUAGGAAAGGAAUUAAAUUGCUGUCCGUGCCACAAAAAAAUGAUGUUGUUUUGGUGCUGUAUGAUGGGAAAUUUCUUCGUGCCCUUGUUUUGAAUGUCGAGUCAGAGGAAAUAAUCGAAGUCGGUCUAGUUGACACAGGCAGAAAAGUUAAUAAAUCUUUCCGCGACAUGCGGCAACUGAGUGACGAAUUAAAAAGUCGUGAACGAUACAACUUCCUUAUUACAUUGGAUCAAAUCCCGAGGAAAGUGAGGCCAAUUCAAUUCAAAAAAUUAUUUGAUUUCUUGAAGAACGAAACUGUGUUCAAGAUACAAUUUGACGGAAACGACUGGAAGUCAUGCGGAGAAUUGAGACUGAUUGCAAAGGACAGUGGAUUUCCGAUAGAAACACUAAUUUUAGGAAAUCAGUCCAACCAAUUUAAUGGAAACGACUCGACUGUCGACAAAAAUGCUACACCGGUGGAAAUAGACAGUGGAUUAUCCAUGGAAACAUUAACUUUAAAAGAUGAACCGAACAAUCGUGCUGCCGCAGUGGAAACCACUUCGAUUGCAGGAAACGUCCAUUCAACAAAGACAUCAGAAAAGCCGAUAUCGUUGAAAGACCUAGCCACCGAAACUUUACCCGAAGUUGCUGCCCUGAUAAUUUUGGAUAAUAGUUCAAUUCGUUCGGGAUAUGUUAGUGCUAUUGCUGCCAGCAAAGUGUUUCAAUUAGACGCUUUAUAUAAUAAGGUCAACCAAUUUGGUAAUGUUAUCCAUGAAGUUUAUGAACCCGAACCAGACGAACUGUGUCUGGUUCAGGUUGAAGGUGAAUGGUACCGAGCCAUGAACUGUGGCUCGAAAUUUUUGCUCAUUGACUGGGGUAAUAUGGAAGAUGUUGACAGACGUAACAUAAGACGUUUUCCACAAGAAUUGAACGAUCCGUGCUACACGUUCGUUUGUAUCAUUCAAGGUGCGAUACACAAGCUGGAUGAGGAUCAAAUUGAACAGUUAAGCCAAUUGCUUGAAAUCCAAAGCGAACAUCCAGAUUGUAGUUGUGUUAAAGUUGAUGGCGAAUUAAUGGAGUAUAAUGUAAAGUUUCCAAAACUUUUGAAUAUAUUUUGAUUAGAAUUUCCGUUUUUCUCCUUGUAUUUUCUUUAGUUUUUCGACUUUUAUUUUUUAAAUUUCGUUUUUUUAAUCAAUAAAGACUAAAGAAUCUC